ACCUCUUCAAUCUCACACAAUAUAAGUGCUCAACCCGUCCAGCAACAACGGCUAUUCAACAAUUCAAUUCAAUUCAGCACCACCCCAUUAGAGCAACCCAACAUGUGCGACUUCUCUCACUACGGCGGCCCCUCAGAAGAAUGGCUCGCGCUAGAAAAAACACUCCCGACAACAACCUUCGACACUUCGCUCCCUCCCUCGGUGCUCAAGCGCACCGUCAACGGGACGCGCGAGCAAGCUUCUGCCGAGGCAAUGCAGACGCUCGGCCCGCAGCUCCAGAUCCAAACCUUUUCCAUCGGCACGCGCGACGGCGCGGCCAUCCAGGCACGCAGCUACCGCCCCAAGUCCAAGCCUGCGGCGGACAAACUGCCCGUGUAUUUGUACUUCCACGGCGGGGGAUUUAUCUUCGGUAGCUUGGAGAGCGAGGACGCGACGUGUGCGCAGAUAGCGCUGCGGACGGGCGUUGUGGUGCUGAAUGUGAAUUAUCGGCAUACGCCUGAGCAUACUUACCCCAUCGCAUGGGAAGACGCGCAGGACGCGUUCGCGUGGCUGCAUCAGAACAUCGAUAAGCUUGGCGCUGACCCGGCGAAGGUCGUGGUGGGCGGCGUAUCGGCGGGCGGGCAGCUCACGGCGAGUUUGGUGCUGGAUAAGCAUCUGGACAAGAGCGAGGUGCUGAAGGGGCUCCCUGAGAUCGCGGGCCAGGUGCUCAUCAUACCGUGCGUGGCGUCGCCGGACACGUAUGCCGAGGGCCCGCUCAAGAAGAUGAAGAGCCCUGAAAUCUCGUCGUACGUUGAGAACGAAUUCGCGCCUAUUCUGUCGAAGAAAACUGUCGAGUACUUCACUUCGUAUCUUAAAACGGGGAUCCCUGAACUCAAAGACACUAAGCUCAACAUUGUGAACGCGAGUCCCGAGGAAGUGAAGGGGCUCCCGCCAACGGUGUUUGGUAUUGCGGGCAUGGAUCCGCUUAGGGACGAGGCGCUGUUGUAUGCGAAAAUGCUGGCGGAAGAGGCGAGCGUGCCGACCGAGGUCAGGCUGUUUAAGGGGGUGCCGCAUGGGUUUAGGAGGUUUGGGAAAGGUUUGAAAGCGGCGGCAGAGUGGGAUAAGUGCGUCGAGGAGGGGAUUAUGUGGUGUUUGGGGAAGCCGGCUGCUAGUGGGAAGUUUGAGGUGAGAGUUGUUUAGUGAAUCAAUGGGAUGCAUGGGAUGGUAAGCGGCAGCUUUGGUGUUGUUUUCUGUCUCGGUCACGGGAUGUUGUUGGUAGACCGGUACGUGGUGUGGGAAUGUUGUAAGUCUUCCCGGUGGCUAAACUUGCGCUCACGAAAUAUAGAUACUAGACUUUCCUCCUCUUCUCCAUUCCACUAUUGCACGGGUUUGACACAUGGUAACUAG